CGAUGUUUUUUGUGAACAAAAGCGGCCCAAUUGGAUGAAACACCCAGAGGCCUACCUACUGUCAGAAGACGACGAAUCUGACUGGAUUGAUGGUGAUAAGGAAGAGGAGUCUGAGUCAGAGCAGUUAGCACUACAGGACACGGCCACUGUGUUCUUUAAGAUUCAGGACUUAUUUUAUGAAUUUCUGGACAGCACAGGUCGGCAGGAAUGACAACGGAUUUUUUCGGCAUUAGACCGCAUCCUACAGGAUAAGCCGAUAAGCCGGGAAUCAUGUCAUCUUAUCCAGAACUCGCCAACAUCAAGUCUCUGUUUAUGCAAGGUCGGAUCCCCACCUACAUUAACGACCCAAUGACGUUUCUGUUUUAAGCCGACAUUCUAGAGUCCUGCUCGGACAUGCCCCAAUCUAUCACGCUGUCCAACGCUGCAGUCACGCUGCCUCCGUCUGACGCACCGGUCCGCUACCAGCAAUCAGCAUCGACACCAGUCACGACCCUUCCUUCACCGACUCUGUGUGACCAAGAGACUGCCACACCCUCAUCCAUCCCACCUCCUCAGCUACCCACACCUGCGCCUCGGCGCUUAACGCUGAAGCCGGCUGAGAAGUGCCAGCCAAGAGGUUCGGUCCCGCAGCUGAGUGUGGCAUCACCACAAGUCACGCCUUUGUCAGAUCCCUGUUCUGAUGCUACGAAAGUUCUGAAAUGACUCAACACGCAUGCCACCGGAUCCUGUGGAACCUUGCAUACCCCGCGUCCUGUCUGCCAAGUGCACGCCGCAGGAGGAAGCAGGCCCACUCACGUUCCCUGUGCUGCCAGCAGGGGAAGGAACGUCUGUGGUUGUCUCUUUGACGGGAGCAGAAGCGCUCUCGUCUCCAACUUUGCUUGCAGAGUCACCAGGAGAAGUCAUGCAACCUGACUGCCUCACAAAGUCCACUGAUCCUGAACCAACAGAAACAUUGAAGCCGUUACAACUCACUGAAGCACGCCCGUGUCAGCAGUCAUCCACAGCGUGCAAUUCCUUCCAGUCUUCAGCAGCGCUCAUGCCCGCCAACCUAAUUCCUCCAUGCCCGCCUCCUGAGCUCGCUGUCAUCCACUCUUCUCCGAGUACACCACUGCUCCCAGCACCGCGCAUGCAACAGGAGCCUUCCACGGCGAGCACGACAUCCCAGAACCCAGCAGCAUGUGUUUCUGCUGUGCGCCCACUUUCAGACUCAUCAGAGCAUCUCCUGUCCCACGAAGCUGUGACUGAACUACAGGACAAGGUCACACCACUCGAGCCUUCAGCCUGUCACACCCCGCAUGAGACGUCACUUAUGUAUUCAUAUCCAAAGUCUUCGGCGACGUUUCUGCGUCUACCCACAGCGUGCACGACUAUUGAAGGCACAGACAUAUCCAUGACCUCCACACUACAUCUGAACCAAUCAUCAACGCCACCCUCAAGGGUGCUCUUGGGGAUUACGAUCUACAGAACUGCCAUUGUUGUUCAGCAUACAGAAACACAAUGAUGAUGGGAGAAGAGAGGAAUGCAACUGGUGCUGUAUCUGC